UUCACUGUCAUAUCUUUUACUAAAUGUUUGAACUUUGGAAUAAUAAUUCUUCGGAGCGGAAUUAGAAUGUAAAUAUAGACUGGCAGCUUGUCACGCAAUGUUCAGCCUCGCACCCGCCCUCAGAGUCUUGUGUGCUGUUCGCUACUGGGCGGAGGGAGCUGGUCCCGGGACUGUCUCUCUCUGUGCACUGUGACCACAGCCAUGGGCAGGGUGAAGUCUUUAGCGAUCGUCUACGACCGCCCUACCUACUCCUGUGGGCAAUGGGUCUCAGGUCGCAUUGUAGUGGAGCUCACGGGUCGCACCGAGGUGAAAGCGCUGAAAGUCCACGCCAAAGGCGAGGAGUUUGUGCGUUGGACAGAAAGACAUGGCACUGGGAAAUCCAAGCGCACUCGGGUGUACACUCAACAGCUGAGAUACUUCAAGCACAAGUACCUGAUGAUUGGCACGGAUUCUUCUGACGAAGUUACUGUACUGCAGGAGGGCAUUCAUGAGUAUCCAUUCAGUCUUGUGCUUCCACAAAUGCCACCACUACCUUCUUCCUUUAAGGGUACUUAUGGUCACGUGAGCUAUUGGAUGACGGCCAAACUGCACAGGCCACUGAAGCUGAGAAUUAAAACCAAAGAACCAUUUACAGUAUUUAACCAGGUUGACAUUAACACUCCCAGACUAUUGGAACCACACACAGCAGCAAAUGAGAAAACUAUUUGUUGCUGGUGUUGUGCUUCUGGCCCGAUAUCAGUAAAAGCCGAAGUUGAACGGAUGGGCUUUGUGGCAGGUGAAUCGAUUAAAAUAUUUGUUGAAAUUGAGAACCACUCUUCCCGCAAAGUAGUGCCAAAGGCAGCCAUUGUGAAAAAAACCAUAUUCCAUGCAAAAACCAAGAAAAAGACCCUGUCGGAGGUUGUCAUCAAAACCAAGGGAGAGCCAGUUCUAGCCGGACAAAAAGACAGUCGGAAUUCAAUGAUGUUGGAAAUCCCAGAAUUGAUUCCGACACUCAUGAACUGCACCAUCAUUCAGAUGGACUAUUCAAUUCAGGUAACUGUAGAUAUCCCACGGGCAAUGGGUUUAACGGUUGAUUUACCAAUAGUUAUUGGUACAAUUCCAUUGCAUUCUUUCGGCGGCCCAGCCAGUGACUUCAAUAACCAAUAUGGGAUGAACUACAGCAAUGUAAAUCAUGGCUUCCCUGAAGGAUCUGCAGUGGAAGCUGGUUUUCAAGCAGGCAACAAGAGUCUUGGCUACUACACAUAAAGGGAAUAGAAAUUCUUCAGAGAUACAACAGAUUGAAGAUUACACAAAGCUUUCAGCGUUGGGUUUGUGAUGUCUAGAUUGGUUCUUGAGUCAUCUGGCCAAAUCCAACCUCCUCAAAAUAUCUUCAAUUUAAAGACAUACAAAAUAGAACAGGAUACAAUAAUCUUAAACCAAAAAACAUUGUUAUUGUUCUUUUGUUGAAUUAUAUUUCAGAAUAAGAUCAUUAUUAAUCACUUUAAAUUGCCAAUAACAUAUUUACAUGAACAGCACCAUAGCCAAUGCAUGUGGGCCGUAUUGUUUUGUUAGAUAUUGGUAUUGUUCUCCCUAAAUUCAGAGAAUUAUAUUAUUAAUCUUUUUUUCAAUUUUCAUGUUGAUGCUGUUUGAAGAUAUAUAUUUUAUCUGUACAUGUAUGUAUAUGUUCUGUUAACAAUAUCAUCAGCUGUAUAUGUAUGUAUAUGUUCUGUUAACACAAUAUCAUCAGUUGAAGUCUCAUAUCUAUGUACAUAUUUUUUCAUUAUAAUAUGCAUGUGACCAAGUUGGUGCAGAUUUUUCCAUAAAUUGUACAGCAUAGAAACAGACCAUUUAUUCAUCUCGCCUAAUUGAACCUCCUUCCAUUUUGACUCAUCAAAAUCUAUCAGCAGAACCCUCCAUUCCCUUCUCCUUAAUGUACUUGUCCGUCUUUUUAAAUGUAUACAUUUUUAUCCUAGCCUCUCCUAGUUAACAAGUUCCAUAUUCCCACCAUUCUUUAGGUAAAAAAUGUUUAUUUUUUGAAUUCACUUUUGGAUUUCUUAUUCAUUAUCUUACACUGAGAGUCUCUAGAUGGGCUCCACUCCCACGGGUGGACACAUGUCCUCAGCUUCCACUCCAUUAAUACCUUGUAUCAUUUUAAAUAUUUGUACUAAGUCACAUUAGUACAUUAGUGGGAACUGUAGGCUGCUUAGUCUGACUUCGGGGUUGGUAAGAUUUUAGAGUCUAUUAUGAACAUAGAAACAUAGAAAAUAGGUGCAGGAGUAGGCCAUUCGGCCCUUCGAGCCUGCACCACCGUUCAAUAUGAUCAUGGCUGAUCAUCCAACUCAGUAUCCUGUACCUGCCCUCUCUCCAUACCCCCUGAUCCCUUUAGCCACAAGGGCCACAUCCAACUCCCUCUUAAAUAUAGCCAAUGAACUGGUCUCAACUACCUUAUGUGGCAGAGAAUUCCACAGAUUCACCACUCUCUGUGUGAAAAAUGUUUUUCUCAUCUCGGUCCUAAAGGAUUUCCCCUUAUCCUUAAACUGUGACCCCUUGUUCUGGACUUCCCCAACAUCGGGAACAAUCUUCCUGCAUCUAGCCUGUCCAACCCCUUAAGAAUUUUGUAAGUUUCUAUAAGAUCCCCCCUCAAUCUUCUAAACUCUAGCGAGUACAAGCCAAGUCUAUCCAGUCUUUCUUCAUAUGAAAGUCCUGACAUCCCAGGAAUCAGUCUGGUGAACCUUCUCUGUACUCCCUCUAUGGCAAGAAUGUCUUUCCUCAGAUUCUUUCUUCAGAUAAAGGAUGAGGUUACGGAGUACUUAGAAGUUCACGAUAAAAUAGGCUGGUCAGCAUAGCUUUGUGAAGGGGAGGUCUUGCCUGACAAAUUUGCUGGGUUUCUUUGAAGAAAUAAUUAGUAGGACAGACAAAGGAGAGUCAGUGGAUGUUGUAUACCUAGAUUUUCAGAAACUUUUUGAUAAGGUGCCACAUGGGAGGCUGCUAAGGAAGAUGCAAGCCCAUGGUAUCAAUGGGGCAGAUACUAGCAUGGAUAGCAGGCUGGCUGGAUGGUAGAAGGUCAAGAGUGGCAAUAAAAGGGGCCUUUUCUGGUUAACUACCAGUGACUAGCGGAGUUCCGCUAUGCUCGGUGCUGGGGCCGCUGCUCUUCACGAUGUAUAUUAAUGAUUUGAACGAGAGGAUUAAAGGCUUUGUAGCCAAGUUUGCGGAUGAUACGAAAAUAGGUGGAGGAGCAGGUAGUGUGGAGAAAACAGGGAGUCUGCAGAACGACUUGGACAGGUUGGGAGAGUGGGCAGUGAAGUGGCAGAUGGAAUAUAGUGUAGCAAAGUGUGGAGUCAUGCACUUUGGUAGUAGGGAGUAAAGGCAUAGAUGAUUUUCUAAAUGGGGAGAUAAUCUAGAAAUUGGAGGUGCAAAAGGACUUGGGAGUGCUGGUGCAGGAUUCCCAAAAUAUUAAUCUGCAAGUUGAAUCGGUAGUAAAGAAAGCAAACUCAAUGCUAGUAUUUAUUUCGAGAGGGCUUAUAUACAAAAACAGGUAUGUAAUGCUGAGGCUCUAUAAGGUGCUGGCCAGGCUGCAUUUGGAAUAUUGUGAGCAAUUUUGGGCACCUUUAUACGGAUGAGGAAGGGUCGUUCUGGCUCUGGAGAGGGUCCAGAGGAGGUUUACAAGAAUGAUCCCAGGAAUGAGUAGGUUAACCUAUGAUGAGCGUUUGUUGGCAAUGGGCCUGUACUCGCUGGAGUUUAGAAGAAUGAGGGGGGACCUCAUUGAAAUGUACAGAAUAGCGAAAGGCUUGGACAGAGUGAAUGUGGAGAGGAUGUUAUCACUAGUGGGAGAGUCCAGGACUAGAGGUCACAGCCUCAGAAUUAAAGGGCGUUCUUUUAGGAAGGAGAUGAGGAGAAAACUGGAAAGGGUGCAGAGAUUUAUGAGGAUGUUGCCACGACUCGAGGGCCUGAGCUAUCGGGAGAGGUUGAGAAAUCUAAGACUUUAUUCCUUGGAGCACAGGAGGAUGAGGGGUGACACGUAUAGAGGUGUGCAAAACCAUAAUAGGGUAGAUAGGGUUAAUUAGUCUUUUCAACAGAGUAGGGGAGUCAAGAACCAGUGGGCAUAGGUUUAAGCUGAGGGGAGAAAUAAUUAUACAUCUUUUUCAUUACUCUCACGUGACCUAUUCAUCCCAAAAUCUUGGUAAUAUUCUGUUGUUUAACAGAAUAUAUAUGUGUGGAGUCUCCAGGCCUUUUUUUUAAUGUUUUGUUUCUUGCAUCAUCAUUUGCCAGUACUAUUGGCCACUUAAUCAUCCUGAUCUAUUCUCAGCCUUAGGAAAUCAGCCUCCAUCUCAUGUGUAAAUCUGGUAUACUUCCUACAAAAAAAAAUUUUUUUAAUUUUUUUUUUAAAGCAUUUUAUGAUCAGUUUGGACUAGAUGCUCCCCUACUUUUUCUUCUUUUAAUUCUCUCAACUUGAAUCCUCGUUUUUAGAUUGCAUAGCUGAUCUUCCGUUGUUGGGUUAUUUUGCUUAUUGUGUCAGAAAAGAGUUUUUAUAUGUCAUAGGAAUUAUGUGUUAUCACAUAUUCAUGUCUUUCUUUCCAUAAGGUCAUGUGAUAGGUGCAGAAUUGGCGCAUUCUGCCCAUCAAGCCUACUCUGCCAUUCAAUUGUGACUGAUCUAUCUAUCUCUCCCUCCUAACCCCAUUACAUUUAGGGUCAUUGAAAUCCCCAAUGAUCACUACUGUAUUUUUCAGUCCUGGUCUCUAAAAGAGGAUUAUUUUGGAAUUAUUACCUCAUUAUGUGUGAGAGCCUUCUUUACAAAUUAGCUUCCUGUAUUACACAAAUUACAACAGGAACUACUCAGGAAAAUGGCUUUCAACAACUGUAAUACACUUCAAUAUGAACAUUGAGUUUUUUUUUAUUUUAAUAAGCUAACGGACAACAACCCCACCUUUUUUCCCCCUCUUCCCUGUGCCCCAUGUGGACACACAUUUCUCCCGCAUUCCCCCCUUCCUCCUGUCCUCUUCCACCCAUAUCCUUUCCUCUGGCUUCUCGUUUCAAUGACUCGUCACCUUAUGGCCUUUUGGCUUUUGAUCACUGCCCUCAGUCUAGCCAUUUGCCAAUUACACACCCCUCCCCUGUAUGCUCCCAUCACUUGCCUGGCUUUGUCAAUCUCCCGCCUCUCAUCCAGCUUCCUCCCCUAUUCUACAAUCCGUCUGAAUUCCGGUUCAUAUCCGAAAUGUGGCCUCUUCGUGUCCUCCUGAUGUGCUGCUUGACCCGCUGAGUUACUACAGCACUUUGUGCCUUUUUGAGCAUUAUCAAAUUGUUCACAUACAAGAAGCUUUCUUUAAAGAUGCCGUUGCGACUAUAAUACCACCAGGAUAUAAAGAUAGGAAGGGUGUACAAAGGGUGUUUGCGAAAAAACAGAGGACAACUUGCAAAGGACUGAGAACAAGAUUGAUCACCUAUAAAGACAGGAACAAGCCCCUUUCAACGGUUGCUACAGUGACUUAUCUUUUGAGUUUUAGUUAUUGUCAAGAGAUAAAACCGUAUCAUCGGUUGAGUACAUUUUUUUUAAAUUCUUUGGUAGGUGUUUAUAAUAGUUUCUAUGAACUAGUGCUUUGUAUUAUAUUGUUUAUAUUUUCUUAGUUUUAAUAAACUAUAAGGACUUUUGCAUUGUGCUG